AUGACUUCAUUACCUAGUUUGAACCUAUCAGAAAUUCUAAAAGAUGAUUUAUCGUUAGAAAGAAUUAAUGAGCUGAAAGAAAAUAUAUUGAAACAAAGAUCUACCAUUGAAUAUCAAUUAAAUAAAGAAUCAUCCAAAUACUAUGGUCAUAUUCAAGAAAGUUUAAAAAUGCUAAACGUUUUUAAAAAUUCUGUGCAAUCUAUUAAGGGCGACAUCAACAAAGUUAAUCAAUUAAGUUUAGAGAAUGAAAUGGCCAUAAACCGAUAUAAUGUCAUCUCAGAUGCCACUGAUCUGUUUGAUACCAUUAGAAAUACAUCAUCUAUAUAUGAUAAAAUUUUGAGCUUCGACUCCCUUCUAAACAAAUUAGAUAGUUUAUUAGACAAGGAAUUAAAUAGUGAUCCUUUAGAUACAGGCUGCCCUACAUUGUUAGAAAUCCAUUAUUUAUUGACUAAAGCAAGAGACUUUCAAGAUCAAAUGACGGUUAUGGCCUCAAUAUCUACUGAGGAUGUACAAAGAACAACAAGAAAAUUAUUUUCUCAUAUAUCUGGACUAGUAACAAAAUUUGAUCAAUUAUUAACUGGCUUAAUUAAUGAUAUAGUGGAAAUGAUUAGAAGUGAACAAAUUUCUUUAGUUAUUAGAUUGUUUAAAAUCUUUGAUCUUGAAGAAAGAGAAGACAUUAAAAUUGUUAUUAUACGAAAUAUUAUUAAAAAGAAGGAAAUCGAAGCAGAUAAAACAUAUAUCAAAAAGUUACCGAACAAUAGUGUAAACAACUUUAUUGUUAAAGAUUCCAUCGAAUAUCCAACAAAUAAAGGAAUUUACCAGGAAAUUCUUAAUGGCACUAUAUCUGGUAGAACACAACCAAGGGGUUACAUAAAUUUUUUUCAUAAUAAUUUAAAAGAUACAAUCAGUGAAAUGUUUAUUUCAGUAAGAGAAACCUACUCAGGUGAAAAGAAAUUUGAAGUAUUAAAUAAUUUAGAUUGGGUAUUCAAUGAAUUAAUGAUUGUUAAAGAUUAUUUAACAAAGUAUACACCAAAUCGUUGGAAUAUUUUCCAACAAUAUUUUGAUAUCUAUUACCACGAGUUAAACCUAUUGAUAAAUGAAUUAGUCGAAUCUGAACCAGAAACUUUAAUUAUUCUGGAUAUUCUAGAUUAUGACAAAGAAUUUCAAGCGAAUUUAAUUGCUGAUUUUUGCUUUACUAAGAAAAAUGUUAAAAGUGUUAUCGGAGAGGAACAAAAAGAAAAGUUAUUUAAAGAUUACUUAAACUUAUUAGUGACUAAGAUGACAGAAUGGAUUGCAAAUUUGGAAAAAGCUGAAUUUGAAAUUUUUACUGAAAGAUCAACUCCUCCACAUGUAGACUCCAAUGGACUCUACUUUCUUGAUGGUACAAGGACAUGUUUCCAAAUGUUUACUCAACAAGUCGAAGUUGCCUCAGGAGCAGGUCAAGCCAAGAUUCUUGUUGGUGUAGUCGAAAAAUUUACCGGGUUAUUAUCAAAACGUCAACAAGAUUGGACCAAUAAGAUAAAUGAAGAAGUUAAUAAGAUUUUGAAAUAUAAUGAAUUAUAUGAUUUAGAUCCACAAAAUAUUCCUGAAGAAUAUGAUGUUCCUGGUGGGUUGAUAGAGUAUUUGACUGCUGUUACAAAUGAUCAAAUGAAAGCAGCCGAUUAUAUUGUGGCAAUCACAAGAAAAUGUUCCUCAUUAUUAAAUAAGGCAUGGAUCAAAGAAGUCACUGAGUAUUCUGAUAAAGCAUUAGAUGGUUGUGCAGAUUUGGUUAAAGUUGGAUGCCAUGGCAUGACUUCUAUAAUAUUCGAUGAUUUGAAGAAACCAUAUACAGAGAUAUUCAGUAAAGCAUGGUAUGGUGGGAAUCAAAUCAAACAAAUUUCUGUAACUAUUAAUGAAUAUAUUAUAGAAAUCAAACCUCAUAUGAGUUCAAUUGCAUUUAAUUCGUUUAUAGGGUUUAUUAUAGACGAAUGUUUUUUGAAUUACAUCAAUGCAUUAAAUGAGAAACAUUCCUUCAAAAUGAAAAAUAAUAAAUUUUCUGAUGCAAUAAAAAGAGAUUUUGAAAUUUUAUUUGAAUUAUUUGCCAGCGUAAUUAGUGAAGAUCAAAAAGCAGAGAUUAUUGAUCGUCGUUUUAGAUUUAUUGAGAUUUUCAUGGAUAUAAGUUGUGAACCGAUAGAUCUAGCACUUGAAUACUGGAAAACAAUGUUGAUAGAAUAUCCCGAAACUCCAAUCGAUUUCUUAGAAGCUGUAUUAACAUGUAGAAAAGAUGUUAGCAGCUCAGAAAGGAAAAAACUAGUACAAGAAGGUCUAACAUAUCAAGAUUAUCCAGAAAUCAAACAAAAUCUAAGAGAAAUGAUAGACAUGGGUAUCGAACCUUUGUUUGUGAGUAAAUUUAAAUUUCAACCAAACACCUAA